AGGAAGUGACUUUCUUAAUAUUUCCCCUUUCUGUCAUACUGACUGUCGACAAAAGGAUAAAAGAAUAAGUGAUCAGUGGGGAAAGAAGAGAAAUACUUUCAAGAAGGAUUUUAAAGAAGUUUGUUUCUGAACAGAUCUUUGUGAUUCUUAUGGUUAUUAAUGUUUUGCAACAUCAUUCAGAAACUGAAAGUAAAGUUUAGAUUGCUGAGCUCAAACAGUGAAAAUGGAUUCACUAUCUGCAGAUGAUUUCUCAUGUCCUGUGUGUAUUGAAAUCUUCAAGGAUCCUGUUGUUUUAUCAUGUAGUCACAGUGUCUGUAAAGAGUGUCUUCAAAAGUUCUGGAGAACCAAGGAAACUCAGGAGUGUCCUGUCUGCAGGAGAAGAUCCUCAAGAGAUGAUCCUCCAUGUAAUCGUGUGUUAAAAAACUUGUGUGAGUCAUUACUGAAGGAGAGAAAUGAGAGGCCUUCAUCAGUAUCUGAGGAGAUCUGCAGUUUACACAGUGAGAAACUCAAACUCUUCUGUCUGGAGGACAAACAGCCAGUGUGUUUAGUGUGCAGAGAUUCACAGACACACAUCAAUCACACAUUCAGACCCAUCAGUGAAGUUGUUCCAUCAUAUAAGGAGGAUCUCAAUACAGCACUGAAGUCCUUACAAGAGAAACUUAAACAAAAUGAAAACAUGAAGAGAGAGUUUGAGAAAACAGUUCAACAUAUCAAGUCUCAAGCUGAGCAAACAGAGCAUCAGAUUAAACAGCAGUUUGAGAAGCUUCAUCAGUUUCUCAGAGAUGAAGAAGAAGCUACAAUCACUGCACUGAGGGAGGAAGAGGAGCAGAAGAAGCAGAUGAUGAAGGAGAAGCUGGAGGAGAUCAACAGACACAUCUCAGCUCUUUCAGUCACAAUCAUAGACAUGGAGAAGAUGAUGAAAGCCAAUGAUGUCUGCUUUCUAAAGAAGUUUCCAGUCACAAUGGAAAGAGUCCAGAUCUCACAGCCGGAUCCACAGACGCCUUCUGGAGCUUUGAUUCAUGUGUCACGUUACUUAGGAAACCUGCCGUUCAGAGUCUGGAAGAAGAUGCAGGACAUUGUCCAGAACACUCCUGUGAUUCUGGAUCCAAACACUGCUCAUCCAUCUCUAAUCCUGUCUGAUGAUCUGACCAGUGUGAGUUGGAGUGACAACAAACAACCGCUUCCUGAUAAUCCAGAGAGAUUUGACAUCUAUCGCUUUGUUUUGGGUUCAGAGGGUUUUAAUUCAGGAACACACUGCUGGGAUGUGGAGGUUAAAGAGAGUCUAUGCUGGCAUCUUGGAGUAACUACAGCAUCAAACCAAAGGAAGGGAGAUGAUUUAUUUGACACUGGUCUCUGGAGUGUGCAGCACGGACUGGCUGAUUACUUUGGUUUUUCAGUUAAACAGAAUCUUCAGAGGGUGAGAGUUGAUCUGAACUAUGACAAAGGAACGGUGUCAUUCUCUGAUCCUUUAACUAACACACAUUUACACACAUUCACGACCACCUUCACUGACACUGUCUUGCCAUUCUUCUAUAGUUUUUCCCCUCUGAAGAUCUUGCCACUGAACAGUGUGUAAGCGUCAGACAUGUAGGCCUAGAUCUUCCUUGUUUCAUCAUGUUUCUAAUAUUUAAAGGAGAAGUCCACUUCCAGAACAACAAUUUAUAGAUAAUGUACUCACCCCCUUGUCAUCCAAGAUGUUCAUGUCUUUCUGUCUUCAGUCGUAAAGACAUGGUUUUUGAGGAAAACAUUUCAGCAUUUUUCUCCAUAUAAUGGACUGAUAUGGUGGCCUGAGUUUGAACUUCCAAAAUGUAGUUUUAUUGCGGCUACUAUGCAAAGACUGGGUUGGUACUUCUGCAGCGAUGUAGGAUGAUUUAAAAUGAUUUUUGAAGCUGAGGGAGAAAAUACAAUCUGAGUUUUUUGACAUACCCUAGCUGUCUUGAACCAGAAUACAUAGAGUUCAGGGAGACCAAAACAAGAUGAACGUUUGAGAUUAAAAAGUAUUUAAACUGUAUUUUUUUUUAAAGAAAAUAACCAAUCGUUUCGCUAGAUAAGACCCUUCUUCCUUGGCUUUUUUUUUUUUUUUAAUGUGAUGGCCAUACAAAAAAAGUGUAUGGUGUAUGGGAUGGCCUGGACGAGUAUGAGAUUUCCCAGCCUGAAAUGUUGUCCCAGUCCUGCCCUGUUCUACGUGGUGGUUGUUCAGCCUUGACAUUCAUUACAUUUAUUAGCUAAUAAAAUUUUAAAUGUAAGUUAUUUCAUAUUAAUGUGUCAAUAUGACAUGAGGUAUAGCUACCAGUGUAUUUACCAGUUACCAGAGUAUUUUAAAAAAAUGACUGAAAUCUGUACUUCUACUUGAGUGAAAGAUGUGUAUACUUUUGCCAUCUCUGAUCCUAUACGCCUGUAAAUUAUAUAUUUGAUUGUGCUUAUGGGUAAAUUCAAAAGUUUAUCAUUUAUGAUAUCCUGCAUUUUUAAUUCAGUCAUGACAGCUCUUGAAAUAGUGUAGCAUGCUGAUGGUUAUGACAAUGUUAAUGUAUCUAGUUCUGUUAUUGUUGCUGCAAGCAUAAAUAAAA